CCCAGGAAAAUAUCAGGAUAACUUCACACUAGAGAUUUAUAAAAAUUCAGAAGGAGUGACCAAUAAAGUUGAACUAUCAGAUUAUUUUUUGGAAGUCUACCGAAGUCUUUGGUUGUGUAAACCAGCAGGGAUGCCUGACUCAACCGAUGAAUUUCUGUCAAUUGAUACAGUUCUAAUCAGCAUCAAGGAUAUUUACAACAUAACAUAUUCGGAAGGAUGUCAAGUGAAUUUGAAAAAAAUUGAUGUUGAUCGUGUAGAAGUUAUUGACAGAUUGUGUGUUGCGAAGAAUAAAGAGGACAAUACAUUCUCAAUCCGGUUCAAGUGUCUGGACGAUUGGCGAUAUGAUGUUACUGCGGAUGGGGGAUUAUCAAACAUUCCAGAUCUCUCUGUGGAAAUCUUAAAAAACCCGCUUCGAACAGUUGACCACGAAGAAGAUGGAGUGGUAGGCCUAUACUAUGAAGACGCAUCAGUAGGAGAUAGGAGUAGCUCUAUUUCAAAUAAUGGACCUUCACUUAGGAUCGAAUCAUCUCCAUCUACAAUUGGCAAACCCAACAGGAAAUAUGUUUGUCAACCUUCAUAUGUCAAUACGGAAUUAUUCCUUCCCAAAUGCUAUCAAAAGAUUGGUGAUCAUUAUGCGCUGAUUCCACAAGAAGAGUUUGUAAAACGAUUCAUAAUUUUCAACAGGGAUGUUCAGAUUUGUGAGUCCGGUGAGAAUGAUCGCAUAUUUCGGAUAUCACAUACGGUGAUUGGAAGAACUAACACAUCAAACAUUGAGUAUGGGAAUGGUAUAAGUGAAUUAUACGCCAUAAAGUUACCUGAUGGAGGAAGAAGUAUAAGAUACACGGAGGUCAGAAAUUUCUAUGCAAAAACAAGGAAACCUGUCAUGGAUCACAAUGUUCAAUUAACGUUCCCUCACAUUCAACUUCCAAAAUCAUUCGUUGUGAUGGAAACAGAUGGAUCAUUUUCACCUUUCGAUAUAGACUACAAGUUACCUCCCGGAUCGAUAUUCAGAGUACUUAUCAGCCCUCAAGGCUACAAUAUCAGAGUGGGCUCAAGGCCUGUGGCAGAUAUUGAUGCAGAUGAUGUACAGUGUCAAAUUGUGAUGGCAUAUGGUGAUACCCAUGACAGUAGAUAUGUGGUUGAUGUUGAGAUUGUUGUAGUUGAUGACAAUGGCCUGCGACAUACUCUUGUACAUGAUAGAGAUCUGAUCCAUGAUGUUGUGAGUGAUCAAUUAAUAUGGUCAUGUGCUUCACAAAAAAAUAAGAGCGUGACUUUCUUGAGAGUAUCAAAUUAUUUGAAGAUAAGGGAACCAAUCCACUAUAUUGAGACAUAUGAUGGUAUUGAAUUGUUAAACCUCCGGCAGGGAGAUGGAAGUUAUGUUCUGAACAUUCUUGAAAUCAAAUAUUUAUUGAAUGGGGAGGCAGUUCGUUUUGUGGGUCAAAUGAAGACUGUAGAUGAAUUCUUCAGAGCUGCUGAUGCAGGGUCAACGCCUUAUGCAAUCAAGAAAGGAGAAAUUUAUCCACUGCCAACCAAUGACAUUCCAACCAGAGAGCAUAUUUCAAGAGACUAUCAAUGGGAUGGUGAACAGUAUGAGCAUUUUGAAAAUGAGAAGGACCAGGAGAAAACAAUGCGUCUAGAAGUGAAUGGAGAUUCUACUCUGGCAACAAACCAGCCACAAGUUAUCAUGUGA